AACGUACACAUUGUUUAUACAGGUAGCAUGUGUUAUUGCUGGCUGCUUACUUCAGGUCAUAUUACAGCUUGCACCGUGCAGUAUUACUCGGGCUUUGCAUGAUGGUAGAUUGAAGCAAGUGUAUGGCAUUUUGUGGUUGCUUUGGUGGGGGCUCUGCAAAACCUGCGGAGCCCCCACCUGUUCGCGCCCCAGUCUCCUCGUCCCCACCGGCGCCAGCACCAGCCCCAGCUGCACCUAUUAUAAAGCCUCCUCCAGCACCUGAGGAGCGAACGCCGGUAUCACUGCUAGCACCGAAAGCGGAAGUUCUCACGGGGCCGGAGCCUGCCCAUCCUUCGCCCGCACCUGUAACCAGCACUCCGGUGUCUGUGGAGCCUGCUCUACCAGCUGUGAAUCUUUCCGGCCUGGUGCAGGACUUGUUGCUAUUGCUGCCACAAACAACUGGGACAACAUGGCUUGCCAGGUUGGAAGCCGGGACCAGCGUACUCGCGUCGGUUUGCGAGGUGGACGCGGUCAGUGUGGCGCUUAUCGUGCCGGCAAUGGAGGGCGAUGAAUGUGGGUUCACGUUCGCAUCAACGCUGGCAGUAGGCGGGCCACGCGGGCAGGUGCUGCAGCAAGCGCAUCAGUACGCGCACCAAACAGCACUAUCGACAAACAACGGGACCAGCGCGGGCGCGGCCGCUGACAUGCACGCGGUAACUCGCACCAGCGCGCAGGCAAUGCUAUCGAUGAAGCCUGGCGAAGUCUUGCUCAUGUCGGCACCGCCGCCGGAGGAGCUCGGCCUGGGCCGUAAUGCGCGGCAACAUCCUCGGCAGCCGUCCGGCGUCGCCGGCGCGGUAGCGGCCGCUGUAAACGGUGGUGCCGAGGACCCCGCCAUUGCGGUCGCUGCGGAUAUGGGCGAGCCCUAUGUCGCGGACGGCCCCUGCCGGCGCCCGCUGCAGCCGCUGCGGCCAAUGAGUGUGGACGACGACGACUCUCUGCCGUCGGACUGGGCCGCCGCCGCCUCGGCGUCGCCGCUGAAGCACUUCUGCGGCCUGCCGGUCCGCGUGGGGGCGCAGCUGCUUGCGGUGGUGACGCUGGCGUGGGCGGCGGACUCAGCGGUGCCGCCGGCGCUGCGGCCGCGGCCGGCGGCGGAGGGCUCGCCGAUGGGUGGUCCGGCGUCGGCCUUCAACGCGGGCGGGCCCUUCGGCUCGCCGGCGGUCAGCGCCGGCAGCCUGGCGCGGACGGGCGUUGCGGCGCCCAGUGCCAGCGGCGGCAGGGCGGGCACGGACUCGGGGCUGGGGGCGGGCCAGUCGGGCGGCGCAGGCAGCGGCUACGGCGGUUGGCACGGCGGCAGCGGCGCGAACGGCGGCGGCACGGGCGGCGGGCCCAUGCUACGCCUGCCGUCGCCGGCGGGCAUGCCCGCCAGCAGCCAGACCACGCAGGCAGGUGCCAGGAGCGGCGCGGACGCGGGCGGGCGGCUGAUAGACGGCAUCAUGGCGGCGUGGAGGCAGCCCGCCACGGAGCCGGAGCGCGGCUGCCUGCUUCAGCUGGCUCAGGUGUUCAGCCUGGGGCUGUUCUCGGAGCCGGCGGCGGUGGCGUACGGGCAGAAGGUGGCGCGCAUGCUGCAGCUCAUGGUGCAGGCCAGCAGCCUGCAGGGCCUGAUGGACAUGUUGAUGGUGGGUGCGCGCGACGCGCUGCUGCUGCGCUGCCAGCUGGACUUCGCCGUCACGCUGGCUGUGGCGCACGCCGCCAUGCCCACAGCCGCCUUCAUAGUGGACGGCACCGGACUGGCGGGAGGGCCGGGCAUGGGCGCCAGCGCCUCCCGCGGCUUCCCCAGCGGCGGCGCCCACACCAGCGCCACAGGGCGCAUGUCACUGAGCCGCGGCGGCGGUGCCUCCAACCCGCCCAGCGUGGGCGGGCUGAACCGAUCGCGGGGGGCGCAGGGCUCGCAGCAGGGCGCGGGAGCCGGAGGCGGCGGCAGCGUGCCGGGCAGUGGCACGCAGCAGAUGCUGGCGUUACAGCACCAGCUGGGCGUUGCGGCCGCCAACUCCGGCAGCAGGCUCAGCAAGACCAACAGCCGCGACCGUGACGGCAACUCGGGCAGCAAGCCCGGCAGCAAACCGUCCAGCAAGGAACGCGACGGCCCUCCCGGCGGCACGGCAAGCAGCCGCGACGCCAACCAAGCCACCUCCUCCUCCGUCGGCAUUGGCGGUGCCGCCACCGGCGGCGGAACCGUCACGCCCGGCUCAGUCCGCACGCCGGGCUCUGUCGCCAGCGGGCCGCGUAGCGGCGGCGGCGGCCCGGCGCUCAGCAUGGACGUGGACCUGGCGUGUGCCGCCUCCACGGAGACCGACUGCGAGGCGGCCGUGCCCAUGGUGCACGCGCACAUCGCCUCGCUUGCACACACGCUGCUGCUGAGCUCGAUCGCGCUGGGGAUAGACGGCGACACAGGCAGCGAGCCGCAUGGGCUGCCCCCCGGCCGCGGGCGCGGCUCCUUGACGGCCGCCGCCGCCGCGGGCUCCGCGCGCGCUAACCACGUGCUCGCCAGCGCGGCGGCAGCGGCGGAGCGAGAGCAGAUUGCCGCCGCGAUCCGGAAGGAGCGCGAGGCGGUGGCGGCGGCGGGGUCCGGCAACGGCGGCGGUGGCUCUGGCACGGGCACCGGCACCAGCGCCAGCCUUCCUGCGGCCCUGGUGACGGCAGAGGGCUGCGUCGUGCCCAACUGCCACCUGCACCUGCAGGACGAGAGCCUGCCCUGUCGCGACGUGGUGCUGGUGCAGAAGCUGGCGCGCAUCCCGGUGCAGGCGCUGGUGCUGGUGGUGGUGCGGCCGUGGGAGGCGGCGGGCGGUGCCAUCAGCGCCGCCGCUAGGCAGCCAGCCUUGCAGCGCAGCAACACCGGGGGGCUGCUCGGCGCCGGCGCCUCGCACAUGACGGGGCCGGCGAUGGGCGGCAGCAUGGGGGCGCGGGGGCCGGCGGCGUCGGCGGGCGCGCACGUGGGCUUUCAGUCCGGUGGCGCGGUUGCCGGCGGCGGGGCGGCGUCCAUGGGCUCCGGGAUGCGGGCGUCGGGGCCGUCGGCGGUGGGGGAGCCGUACGCAGCCGGCGGUCCUGGUCAGGGUUCCGCGCCUGCGGCAGUGAAUGCGGCGGGCGGCGGCAUUGGCGCGGCGCUGGCGGCGCUGGGCGGCGUCAUGCCCAGCCUGGCCCUGUACCUCACCAGCGCCGACCCGCUGGGUCGCAGCGUGCUGCUCACGGCGCAGACCGAGGCGCGCGACCUCAUGCGGGUGGCCAUGGCGGUGAUGGGGCGGCAGGUGACGGGGCUGGGGCCGCUGGCGGACGAGUGGGCGGGGCUGCUGGAGGCACUGUCGCCCAUGUCCGGCGCCGGCCGCAUCAGCUUCGGCAGCAGCCGCCUGGUGUCGCUGCUGCGCCCGCGAUCCUGCACCAUCCUGCAACAGGCGGCCGGCGGCAGCCACAGCCACGGCGGCCUGCACUCGCACGUCAGCGGCGAGGUGCUGCACGGCGGCGGCGCCGGCGCCGGCAUCGGCAACAGCCCGUCCCGGGCUGGCGACGGCGGCGUCAGCUCCCUCAUGUCGGCGGAGCUGCUGCGGCCCAUGCAGUCGGCUGGCGCCGGCGGCGCCAUUGGCGGCGGCGGCGGCAGUGUGGAACGCGCGGGCGGGCCGGGCGCGCCGUCUGGGUCUUUGUCCAUGCCUGUUACGGGUGUGGGCGGUCGUGUGGUUGUGGACAGCUGCGUGGACACGCCGCUGCAGCAGCUGGACGCUAUGGUGUCGAGCAUCCAGUCCACACUGAGCGCGGUGCAGCUGGAGGCACCGGGCGGCGGCACGGACGUUCAGGAGGUGCGGCUGAACGACAUCGCGGCGGUGGAGUUGAUGGAGAUCAUCGGGCGGGGCGGACAGGGCGUUGUGUUCCGCGGCACGGUGCACGGCAUUGAGGCCGCCAUCAAGGUCAUCAGCCACCGAGACGAAGCAGACGAGGCCGCAGCCGCCAAGGCAGCCGCCAAGGCAGCAGCAGCCGCGGCCUCCGCAGCCAGCAGCAUCGAGGGCUUCCCCGCCGCCGGCGGCACCGACAGCCCAGCGGCGGCGGCCGCAGCCGCGGCGGCUGGGCAGUUGGGGGGCUUGACUGCUGGGCAGUUGGCGGUUGACAGCCCGCUCAUGGACGAGGCGAGGAUGCGGGAGCGCAAGCGCACGCUGCUGCGAGAUGCGUUGGAGCUGGCGGUUACUUCCACCAUCAGCCACCCCAGCAUCGUACAGAUGUACGGCUACUUCACGGACUGUGUGGUGGUGCAGUACGCGGCGCAGUCCAACCGCCUCAAGCUGCUGCCGGCGGACAGCGACGCCCUCAGCCAGUACGGCAGCCAGCGCGGCCCCGUCAACACCGUCAUGUGCAUGGAGUACUGCGAUGCUGGCACGCUCAAGACUGUGGCUGAGGGCGGCUCCUUCCGGCAGCCGGGCGUGUCGGCCAAGAACGGCCCCGCCUGCCCGGCGCUGGUGCCGCUGUACACAAGCCUGCUGGAGGUGGCGCUGGCGCUGAGGCACCUGCACGCGCGCCGCCUGGUGCACUGCGACCUCAAGCCCAGCAACGUGCUGCUAAAGAGCAGCAUGCGCGACCCGCGCGGCUGGACCUGCAAGCUGUCCGACUUCGGCUGCGUGCGGUUCAUGAACGAGGAGGGAGCGGACGGCCGCUUGGGCUUCCGGCAGCCACAGCCGCUGGGCACCCUGACGCACAUGGCUCCAGAGAUGUUUGUGCGCGGCGGGUUGCUGGACGGCGCAGUCGACAUCUACUCUUUCGGCAUCAUCAUGUGGGAGCUCAUCAUGGUGGCGCCGCUGUACGAGGGCCAGGCACCCAAGGAGAAGCUGCCGUCGCUAAUCCGGCGAGGGCUGCGCCCGGUGUUUCACCCACUGGUGCCGCCCGAGUACAGGAUGCUCGCGACCGCGUGCUGGAUGGACGACGCGCGGCGCCGCCCCACCGCCGCCGUGCUGGUCUCCAUGCUGCAGCGCCUGCUCAGCCGCGCACACGCCUCGCCGCCGCCCAACCCCGCAGCCGCAAGCGGCAUGGGCAUGGGCGCCGCCGCCGCCGUCAAAGCCCCCGCCUCUUACGCGGGGCCCGGGCCCGGCGCCACGUCCGCUGCAAACGUCGGGUCUGGUGCGGGCGGCAGCGCCGGCAGCGGCAGCGGCUGGCCUGUGGAGGCGCCGCGGCGCAAUGCGGUGUCGGCUAUUGCCAAUGGGCCGCCGGUGGCGGCCGCAGCGGCGGCCGCAGCCGCAGCGGCGGCGGCUGUGUCGGCCAGCGGCAUGGCCCAAGGCAAUGCCACCGUUAACAACAAUAACACGGGAAACAGCACGGGCGGCAGUGGAGGCGGCGCGCGGCAGUCGUUCCCGCCCGUGCCCAGCCCGUUGUCGCGGGAGGCGGGCGGCGUGGGCGCGCCGCGUGCCGGCCCGCCCUCGGCGUCGCCGGCGCGUGGCGGGUUGGUGCCGCAGUUGGCGGUGGCUGACGGCCGCAGCACCGGCAGUGCGGGGUCGACGGCGCCCACAACUGGCACGAGCGGCAUCAACGGCGGCGCUUAGGCGCUGCCGGAUUGAGCAACACAACGGGCGGGGUGUAGCUACAGGCAAGCCGUCAAACUGUGUGACUGUGAUGGCGCACGGCUGGGACCGGCCCUUAGGGCGGCUGAUCCACUGCUCUGCGGAUGAGAGGGCAGGCCCAGCCUGGCGCCGCCUGUGAUCAGCCCUGUACUGCAAUGGGUGGGCAAGCAGUCGCGAUUAUGUGCGUUCUGUGCGUGAGCGGCUGCUGAGCGGCGUUCCUCGGCGUGUUCUGGUGCGAUCGCGCUAGGCUGCGACCUGCUGAUAAUGUACCGUAUUUGAACAAUAUGCCUUAAGGGUGCGAUAACUACUUAUGAUACACAUGUUCGUAUUUAUUGGUAAAGCCUAUCGAUCGCACUUGGGCGGCGGGUCCAACAAGUCAACCGGAGCGUCCAUGGACAUUUGAGGGAAAGCGGGUCGCGGCGGCGGCGGCGGCGGCCCUGGGCCCAGCAGUGGCGGCGUGCAUAUGCGUAGCGGAGGGGGCAGGCACGGCCACGUGGAGGAGGAGCGCGCGGCGCCGCCCGAGAAACGGCACUGGCGUGAAGGUUGAGACCUGCCGGUGUCUGGGCACAGCAUGACGCAGUGUGCGGUUUCAUUCAUCGCUGUUUGGUUUGUUGCCUGCUGUGCUUGUGCUUGACAGCGGGACGUGGCUGCACGCAUAGCGGGCCGUGCCUGUACCAACCGACCCCUGCUGCCCGUGAGGUGUGGUAGACGCUUGCGGCCAUAGACGGGAGACGUGGAGUGGGCGCAGCCCACUUAUCCCUUGGAAGGGAAACCCACUAUCUUGUCUUAUGAGUUGGAUUUACUGUGGACUGCAAUUCAAGGGGGCCAGGUCAUGGCUGUGUUGUUGUUGUUGCGAUACAAGUUUGGGAGUGUCCACCGUAACGAGACUAAGGUGGUCGCCGCGUGCGGGGCCGGAUCCCGGUUGCCUUGGUCAAGUGGCGGCGCGUGCGAGACCAUGGAUGAAGUCAGGGGAGGGUCCUCCCCUGGAGCAAGUGCCCAUGCUCAUUGCGAUGGUGACGUGGGGGCAAAGGUCACUUCAUUAAGACUGCGGAAUGGCCAGCCUUAUCGGGAUACAUGCAAAAGUAUGGCAUCAGUUUGGGGGGGGGGGGGAACGCAAGAGGUUGGUGCGCACACCAUGCAUGGAUUAUUUGCACAAAGGCAUGGGAAUUCCUUAACCUGUAAUGAGACUAACCG